GGGCGGGACCUUACUAUCGGCGUUUUCGUUAUUUAUCGUUUUCCGAUUCGUAGUACGGUGCGGAAUACGGUUCGGAAGUAAUUUUAAAAUUCCGUAUCGUACUUCAAACCGAUGAAAAUUUCUGGGUAUUUAUGGUCUUACGGUAGGUAGUACGGUACGGAAUACGAUUCGGCACCGAAUUCCGGGCUUUAAACAUAAUUAACUUGAUUUUAGAUUCAGUUUUGUCUGCAAAUCUUAUAUUAACACAAAUUUUGCAAUGCUAAACCGUGUCUCAACGAGGACGUUUUCUCUCUCUGUAAAAUGGUUACAAACACCACAUUCUCGUGUAGCUGCUGAGCCAUUCAUGAAUGGAAGUUCUGGAAUAUAUAUUGAGCAAAUGUAUGAAAGUUGGUUGCAUGAUAAGAAUUCUGUUCAUAAAAGUUGGGAUGCUUACUUCAGCAAUGUCCAUGCUGGUGCUGAACCUGGUCAAGCUUUUCAGUCGCCUUCAAUCUUCUCCCAAGGCGUGCCAACUCCACAUGCAACUCUUGCGAUGAGAGAUUUUAAGGAAGUUCAGCCAUCGACCGCUACAUCUGUAAUUCCUGCAGACGAUCUUACUCGAGCUAUCAAUGACCAUCUGAAAAUUCAGCUGUUAAUUCGAAGUUUUCAGACUCGAGGCCAUAACAUUGCUGAUCUCGAUCCUUUGGGAAUUAAUAGCGCUGAUUUGGACGAUACUAUACCUAGAGAGCUCGAGCUGGACUUUUAUGGUUUUAGUGAGCAAGAUUUGGAUCGAGAAUUUCUUUUGCCGCCUACAACGUUUAUAGGAGGUGAUAAGGCAACUCUUCCGCUUCGAGACAUUUUUGAACGUCUUAAGGUUUCGUUUUUUUUCUACUUGAUUUUCUUGGACUCCUUUUUGGGGAUGACUUUUAGGGCAACUGUCCUCGUGUUAGAUAACUUUCUGGGAGCUGACCUUAUUGGGUGGAUCUAUUGUGAUAUUUGUUAG